AUCUUCUGGAGGCGAUCCACACCAAUUCAUAGCAUCAGCUGUUCGUGACGUACAGCACACGUCAGUGAAGCAUUCUGAUGUAUUCAAAUUACUGAAAACCUCCCAAAGCCUUGGAAAAACAACUUGACAAUAUGUUCAUCGUCGUGUGAUAAUUUUGUGCAGAAAAGAUCAAGUGAAAAAUGGCCACGAGAAAUCUGACAGACCCCUUCAUGCUCAUGAGGAACAAUGCCCUCCGUAGCAAGCACAUUUAUGCCGAACAGAAUUUAUCGGACCGAAUGGCCCUCGUUGACAAUGAUCGCAGGGGUGCUGAUAAUGUCGAGCUGAGAAGAAUUAAUAUCGACGACUCGUCACCACCAGCUUGGACAGAUGCUCUGGAGGAGACUCAGUACAUACUCAGUAGAUUGAGAAAUAAAUUAGAUAGCUUAAUUGAACUCCAUGGGAAGCAUGUGACGAGACCAACGUUGGAUGAUACCUCGCAGGAGGAGAGACAGAUGGAACAGUUGACUAGGGAAAUUGGGAAGGCCUUUUCCACUGGCUAUCGUCAAGUUCAAAUAGUCAAAAAUGCCGCAAGACAUGAGACAAGACCUGCUGAACGUAGUUUAGCAAUGAGUGCUGUCCUGGCACUUUCAUCGGCCCUCCAAGAGCUCGGUUUGCGUUACAGAACAGCUCAGAAUAGUUAUAUACAACAGGUGAAUUCGAGGGAGGAAAGGAACAGGCAAUUCUUCGAAGAUGAUCAACUGCUACUCCCGAACUUUUCUGCCGACUCAUGGACUGAAAGUAAUUAUAAUGAGUCCAAUGAUCAAUUCUGGCAGCCAAUGCAGCAGCAGAGGCAAGAGUCUGUCUUGCUGCAGCUCGAAGAGGCGGAGAUUUCCAUGAGGCAAGCUGCUGAGAGGGAGCAGGAGGUUGGACACAUCGUUCAAAGUAUCGCUGACUUAAAUUAUAUUUUCAAGGAUCUGGCUGCUAUGGUACACGAUCAAGGCACUAUCCUCGAUAGAAUCGAUUACAAUAUCGAGCAAACCCAGUGCCAAGUACAGGAGGGUUACAAGCAACUGAAAAAAGCUGAUUCUUAUCAGAGGGCAAACAGAAAACUUUACUGCAUUAUGAUUUUAGCUGCUGCCAUUAUUCUACUCAGUUUUCUCUUCGUAUUGUUCAAAACCUAGUCGUCAUUAUUCAUUUUUCACUCGCACUUGAUCGACCAAAAACGGGAAAUUAAAUUUUCAUAUGAUUUUCGCGGAUGAAAACAGAAAAAAUCGUUUAGGUAUCAUUUUAGGGUAAAUCAUAAUUUUAUGUGUAAAAUUAAGAACUAUAUUUCGAUUUGGGUGUCUAUUCUUUUGUAGUGAUUCUUCGGUUGUAUUUUGUGUCGUACCAGAUUAACAAAAUAGCAUUUACUUACUUGAAAAUAAUCAAAAUCUUUGGUUAUCGAUAUUUAUAAGUACUGAAACUUGUACCAGUAUAUUGUUAAAUGUACAAAUAUUUAAAUUAUCAUAAUUGUUGUGAAGUGAAGAGAAAUAUGCAAUUAAAACAACAGUUAAAUGUUU